AACUGUACUUACGUAUCUCGUAAGACCUUGACACUUGAAAUUACUGUAACAGUAUUUAUCUGUCGGAGAGCGUUCUGUAGAAAACAGACGAUGCUCAGAAAAUCCAUCGCCUAAGUAGUUUUAAACAGCUGUUUCAACUUAGCGCAAUACACGAUUUCAGAAACAUGGGUGUCGCUUGGAUUUUUAGGAUCGUAGUUUGCAUCCUUUGUUGCCAAGCGUCUUUUGCCGAGCUAAAACUGGUGCAAACAGUAUUCAGACAUGGAAACAGAAUGCCAUCGGGGAUCGAUUACUAUCCGAACGAUCCUUACGUUAAUUACACCUACGAGCCAGCAGGACCAGGAGGUUUAACUAACGUCGGUAAACUGGCUUUAUACAAACUUGGCCAAUAUUUCCGCGAAAGGUACGGCCAAUUGUUAGGAGAGAUUUACAUGUCGAAAGACGUUUGGUUCCGUGCUGACGAGGUAGAGAGAGUAAUCAUGAGCGGGCAACUCGUCGCAGCUGGUCUAUAUCCGCCAAACAGACAGCAAAGAUGGGAACCAAAUUUAAAUUGGCAACCCAUACCGGUAUGGACAUUGCCAGCAUCGAUCGACUGUCUCUAUAAUGGGCAAUUUUCUACAAAUUUUCAUGCAUGGAGGAAUGACGUGGAGAGGACAGAUGCGGCACUGGUUGAAUUUGAGAAAGAGCAUGCAGACGUUUACAGAUACUUGUCGAAACACACUGGUGGUAAUAUUACACAAUCCAGAACGAUCAAUUUGCGUCAGUAUUUGUUUGCACAGAAAGACAUUGGUUUGAAAUUACCGAAAUGGACGAAAUCCGUCUUUCCGCGCGGGAAACUAGAUGAAUUAGCCGUACACGAUAUUUACAUUCGGACGCGUACUCCGCGAAUGAAGCAGUUACUGGCUGGAAUGUGGAUUCGCGAGUGGUUGAACCACAUUGACGAUCAUUUAAAUAAGAACGAUACACGAAAAGCGUUCAUGUACGCGUCGCACGACCUAAACAUUGCUUACAUACUCGUGGCGUUGGAUAAUUUUGACGACGAGAUUCCUCACUACGGUGGUUGCCUGAUGUUCGAAUUGCACGAAGAUGACGACGAAUAUUACGUACAGGUGCUUUAUAGAAACAAGGGGAACGUUCGUACACUCAAGUUUCCCAAUUGUGACAAAAUGUGCCCAUUGGAGAGAUUCAAAAAAUUCGUAACACCCGUGACACCGACAAGCCCGAAAGCAGUAUGUGAAUAGAAAUGAA